UCCAUGAAUCCAUUUCAUUUUUUUAUUUUUCUGUUUGAUCUCCAACUUCUUGUUUCAUUAUUCCUCCAAUCAAAGACGAGCUCCUUUCCGUUCAGGUCACGUGGUUCCGCUCAGCGCCUGUUGACCGAGCCGUUAAUGAGCCUCUAAAGGUCGCGGCCCGCUCGUGAAAACGCGGCUCUCUGAUUGGCUGAGCUGAAGGCAGGUGAGGAUGGAGGAUGUGGCCGCGUCGCUGCUGCUGCUGCUGUGCGGAUCCCUGAUUCUUGGACCCGCUGCCGGUUCGGGUCUGGACCCAGAGCGCGGCAGGAUGGAGCUGCGGCGGGUUCAGAGCCUCGCCGCGCAGCCGCGGUAUGGCGGGUGUUGGGCACGCGCGCUGGAACACCUGGACACCUGCAGGGACAUGACGUCAGAGAGUCAGAGCCGCCUGGCGCUGCGCUUCACCCACUGUCACCUGAGCAGCUCAGGCAGGGAUUUCCCAUCCUGCCCUGAGGGGUCAGAGGUCAGCAGGUGUACUGCUGGGAUGGAUCCUGUGGCCUUCAACACCUACACUGAGUUCUUCACCCACACCCACUCCAUCUGCCACUUCCUGCAGUCGGAGGCCUGGCAGAGCCGCGCAGAAAGCACCAUGUACAGGCUGACGGAGGCCUCAGCAGGUGUUGCUGAGCAGCUUCAGUCCACCAGACAGAUGGCCAACGAGCUGAUGGAAGCCCAGAGCGUCGCCUUACAGGCACAGAAAGAAAUCCUGUCCAAUGGAGAGGAGCUACGAGCCACCCUAAGAGACUCGACUCAGGGUGUGCAGGCGGUCUUCUCUGACCUCAGCAGUGCCUCCAGGCAGCAGCAGGUGGCGCUGUCACAGCUCUUCCAGCGGCUCUCCUUCCUGCAGAGCUUCCUGCUGAUGGAGGCUCACAGCCUGACUUCCUGCUGCUACAACGCCGCCGCGCUCUGCACCGUCUACCUCAUCACUUCCACCCCAUGCUCCUCCAGGGCCAGGCUGCUGCUGCUGGCCUUGGUCUGCGUCAACUUCUACUUGGAGAAGAAGAUCUACCAGCAUGUGCUGAGCUCCGACCAACCAGAACACCUUCAUGUGGAGCUGGUCUCAGCGUACGUUGCUGCGCUGCGGCGCCUCUCGGUGUGCGUUGCCCUGUGUGUUCUGCUGCUGGUGUGUGUUCGCUACAGAGACCCGGUGCAGCAGAGCCUGGAAGUGCUGCAGCAGCUCAGAGAGACGCAGAGCAGCCUGCAGGAGGCGCUGCGGCGUGCAGAGAGGUUUACACAGGAGAAGAAGUUGGAGGACCGUCGGCUGCAGUUGAAGAGGACAGCAAGAGCAGAAAAGCUGUGGAGCAGAGAGGAAGAGGAGGAAGAAGGGUUCAGUAUGAUGUCAUCACUGGCUGCAGGCUCCUCCCACAUGGCACCUUCAGGUCAGAGCGCCCGUCUCCUCUGCCGCUCCUCUUCCCAUCAUGCAUUAGUCCAGACUCCGCCCCCCCUGGUGUACAGCGUCCAGGUGGAGGACAGGAAGCCCCGCUACAGCCUGAGGAGCCGCCGCCGGUCAGACGUCCUCUGAGUGAUGUCAUCAGCGAUCUGCAGAUGGAAAUGAUUUUCUCAUUUUUAGAAAGAUUAAUAAAAAUGUUUUUAAUAAA